AAGAGGAGGAGGAAGGGAGCCAGCCUGAGCCGGGCGCGCACUCUUUCCUCGACGCUCCUGAACCAGAAGAACCCGGUUGCUGGGAAAGGAUUCCUCCCACAGAAGGGCAAGAGCAGCUCUCCAAAUGGAGAGAGCCUCGCUCCUCCGUUUAGCCUGGGAGUGACUGAGGAGAAGCGGACCUCUUUUUUCCUCGACGUGAUGUUUUUCCCUCGCUCCUUCUUGUUCAGGUGAAGGAGCCCGACUCUCCCUCUCUCAUCAUCGCGGAUGGAGCUGCGCGGGGAAGAGAGAGCUGGGGACGCGAACCGGAUGAGAGCCUGCUAGGACCCUAAAGCGGUUCAAGAGCUGGACGUGAGGACAGAGUGGGGGGAAAAUCAGAGGGAAAAUAAGAAGACCCUCCUCGAUUUAGGAGCCCCUGGUGGCGCAGUGGGGUAAACCUUUGUGCCGGCAGGACUGAUGACUUGAAGGUUGGGUUGCUGACCCUUUGAAUCCAACCCGGGGAAGGCGCGGACGAGGAAUCAGAGACUCCUAGAGUUGGAAGAGACCACAAGGUGCAGACCCUAUGGCUUCCCCUUGAAUAGCCCCUUUGGGCGACACCCCGAGACUGGGAUUGGCUUGAACCUCGCCCUCCUCGUCCCGCAAUUUCCAGCCCCAACGCAGCCAGGCUGAAUCUGCCUCUGGGAAGCAGCGCUCUGGAGCAAGACGUCCAGUCCAGCCUCAAGGAAAAGGAGCUUCCUUGUCUCUUUCCCCGCUCGUUUCGUGGAGGGAAAGGAGAGCGAGCGAGGAAGGGCGAGGCGGGGAGCAUGGAGGGGAGCAGCCCGGCAGGGAACGGGAUCCCUUCGUGGUGCUGAACGGGGAGCCCACGCCUCCGAGAUGGACUAACGGGGCGCCGGGAGGAGGGCGUCUGUCUCUCUCUGCCUGACACUCCCGAGAGAGCCCGCUCCGUGAUAACCCCGUCUCAUUGAGCUUCCAAAGGGCAGGGCUGUGAGACUAACUUAUUAUAUAUGUGUGUAUGUUUUAUUCCCCCCUUUCUUUUCUUUCCUGGACGGAUUACAGAGAGCGCAGCGACGUUUCUUCCUCCUCUUCCUCCUCCUCCUCUCUCGGCUCUUUGCGCUUUGUUUGCUUGCCUCCCGACCCCAAAGCGCCGCUCCUGAUUGAUCCGAGAGGAGUGGAAACUUCUUCCCUCGCCUUCCCUAGGAAAGUAGCCCUUUGUUUGGAAGAAAAGCCUCCCGCGUUGGUGUGACACACACACGCCUCUCCCACCCCGUCGCCCAUCGGGUUUGGGCUCGGGAAGCGAUGCAAGUCCGAUAAGGCUGGAGUUUCCCUCCGGGACCUGAAGGAGGAUCGCUAGGCGGUUCCUAGAAGAAGCGGGUGUGCAGGAUGAAUAAAAGAUACUUGCAGAAAGCAACAAAAGGGAAACUGCUAAUAAUAAUAUUUGUUGUAACACUGUGGGGCAAAAUAGCAUCUGGAGCAAACCACCACAAAGCUCAUCAUGUUAAAACUGGAACUUGUGAAGUGGUGGCUCUCCACAGAUGUUGCAAUAAAAACAAGAUAGAAGAAAGAUCACAGACAGUCAAGUGCUCCUGCUUCCCCGGGCAGGUAGCAGGUACCACUCGAGCUGCGCCUUCUUGUGUUGAUGCUUCAAUAGUGGAGCAAAAAUGGUGGUGCCACAUGCAACCAUGUCUUGAAGGAGAGGAAUGUAAAGUUCUUCCAGAUCGAAAAGGGUGGAGUUGUUCUUCUGGGAAUAAAGUGAAAACAACAAGGGCAAACGUGUAAAACCUUCAAGAACAAGGAGAUUUCUGCUGUGCCUGAUGACAAUUUUUGAUUAUUCCACACACACACAAUACUCUGGCUCCACGUUUGGAGCAAUAGUUGUGAUGAAUCCUAAUGUUGGUUGGAUUCUCAGGAAAGGCCAGAAGGUGUGCUGAGGCGUGAAGAGUCAAAAACACUCCUGGAAAAAAGAUGUUCCAGCCUUGGUUUAUUACUCGGAGAGCACCAGAUAACUCGAUAGUAAAAGGCAAAUCAAAUCAAAUUGAACACUGAUAACAUUAAAAACAGCCAAGCAGGAAGUUUUAACACUUAAGUAUGAUCACUGAAGCUAGGUGUGAACCUACAGGGACAUGCUAUUUCUUCAGUAAGAACAUGCAUGGUUAUGGAAGGCAACAUAGAAUAAAAAUUGCUGGGAUGUCAGACUCACAGACCUUCUGUUGGAAAGAGUUCAAUGGACUGUACUGUGUACAUUUGUAAAAAUACCAAACCUGAAGAAAGAAAUGAUUAAGAAAAGGCAGAGGUGAUGCUAAAGGGACACCAAAGAAACCCUAAUCCUUUGGAUCUUUGACAGAGACUUACGACAUUUCACCUCUAUGAAAGACGUCUAUGAAAUUGACUGAUCCCUUCCCUCUGCAACAUUUUUCUGGUCCUUCAUUCCAAUUACAGCUGGGACUGUGCAGUGCUUUAAUCAAAUUACUGUUCCAGAAAUUGUCCUCUGAUACAGCACAGGCUUAGACCCUUUUAAUUUGUAUUCUGCUCCUGAACCUCCAAGGCUACAUAUUUCAAUACACUGAUGUUCUUUUUCUUACAGGAAUGGAAAUAUAUAUCCAUUGUUAAUCAUUAUUGUUGACAUGUAGUAAUCUGAACGCCUCAUUCAUAUAUGAAUGUAUCAUUAGUCAGAUAUGUUUCCCGACAGCUAACCAGGUACUCCAACUUCUUUCAGAUAAAUAAAGGGUAGUUCAAAACCGAAUUUUCAUCUCCCCCAGUAUUUUAUGCUAUUAAAGUAUCUGUUUUGUAUAAUUUCAAGAAGAUGGAUGUUCCUGUACACUCUUUGAUUUAUUAAUAUUAGGUCCUAAAAGAUUGUGGUAAAUAAUAAAUGACAUUAGCUAGUCCCUUUAUGAGAGUAGCCAGGAAUGCAUGUUAAUUUUUCAGAUCUGGAAUUUAAUGAUAUUCAUUCAGAUGUGUCUUUUUAGUUUGCUUUUUUUUUAAUGGCUGUUUCUUGCUUGGACUUUAUUACUAAUUAAAUACUUAAGUUAGAUGUUUACUCAGCUCAGUUUCUUGAUAGAGAAAAAAAAACAUUUUUCUUCAAAUCUGACAUCCAUUACUGCUUUCUGUGGCUACCCCAGAUAUCUUAAAAUCAUUCCGUGGUCAUUUUGUUAUGCCAGAAAUUCUUUUUAUAUUUCCUUCAAUUUCAGUAUCUAUUUUUUAAUCUUGAUCAGUUGUUUCUUAGAAAACCUUUAAUGUUUAAAAUGCCUUAAGCAGCUGUAAACAUUUUUCCCUAAGUUAUUACAGAAUGUAUAAUUUUAUAUGCCAUUUAAUAUAUGCCAUGCUAUCUGAAAAUGGGAAGACAAAGAGUGGUGACUGUUUCUUGUUCAUUCCAUAUUCAUGCUGCAAAUUGUUUUUGGAGAGGACAAAACAAAAUUUAUACUCUUUCGUUUUGUGCAUUGCUAUCAAGACUACAUGGUCUUGAGUCCUAAUAGGAAUAAUUGCGCCCCAAAUCUCACGUUGUUUCUUGAACUGCUUACUGAUAUCUCUGAAAAUAAAGUGAAUUCUUUCCACAAGUGACUGACAUGGCUAAUUAGUAAUAAAUUGGGUUUUAUGAUAGAUGGAUAAUUUGAGCACUCUCUGUCCUGUCACCUGAUACAAGAUUGCUCCACAGAAAUUUAAUUACCUCUCUUGUAUUAUGGUAUUGGACAGUGGAAAACUAAUGAUUGUUAGAAAUGGAUUUGAGAUGCAUUGUGUAUCAUUCUGCUACACACAAAUCCAAACUUUUGCAGGAAAGGUGUUUUUUCCCCAUUAAUUUUUAAAGAGAGGAAAUUGGAUGUAGCAUCAGUAAAUUAUCUUGCUAUUUUGAAAAAAAAAUGUAUAGAUUUUGAUUUAACAUAUGUGUAUUGGGGGAACAUCUAGUUUGAAAAUUACAAUCAAUUCCUUUGGUUGGGACAGUACAACAUAGAAAUGUGUAAUUUUGUAGCCGUUAUCAGUUUGGCCGCAGUUUAGCCAACAUUCUACAAUGUGCUUCUCAGCAUUUAUUUUCUUUGUGUUAUUCUUACAACCAACACUGAAAAUAUUGUAUUAUAUACAAGUGUAAAACAUGCAUAUCAAUAGGUGAAAAUAAAUGGAUUUUCAAAUACAUUGAA